UUGUUAUUAUAUGUGGCGAAUGCACGAAAAAGAAAAGCUCGGUGUUUAUUUUUCGCAUGUGUAUCCUUUUUCUUUUUCAGUUUUUGCACCCUCAAACUAGGUUUUGCAAACAAUUCAGGACUACGCGCUGAUUCGCGAGUGCCUUUAGUUGUGAUUCCCGAGGAUCAGUGCCGGAUCAAGCGUGAAGCAAAGCAGAAGUUACGCAAUGCGCUUGAACAGCAGCGCAGAUCGAGCUGCGCGAGUCCAUCCCAACAAGCUGUCAGCUCCUCCGAGUCACCGGAUGAUUGUUGCUCCGCACUGUCUCUGGAAACACGCGAGCUGAUAAGUCGGAUUGUGGCCAUCGAUCAACAGUUUGCUACACCGUCUACCGACACGCUUAUGAAAAUUUCGGAAUGCAGCGAAGGCAGCUCAUCGUAUCAACAGCUCGCCGAAUUGACAAUCUUAAGUUUGCAGUUGAUUCAUCAAUUCACAAUGCAUUUGCCUGGAUUUUGUAAACUUUCUGAUGAGGACAAACGCACACUGCAUAAGGCAUGCAAAACAGAAGUGCUGGUACUGCGCACAUCACGUUGUUAUGACACAUUUGACGAAAAAGUAGUUUUGGGUAACGAAGCGAAGCAGUGGCGUUAUGAUCGUGAGCAGUACCGAGAAUUCAUUGGGCCACUGGCAGAUCCGAUGUUUGAUUUCGCGCAUGCCGUGUCAAAAAUGCAUUUGCACCAAGCGGAAUUUGUUCUGCUUACUGCAAUCGCCAUUUUUUCUGGUGCAGUUAUUCUUACUACUGUUGUAUUAUAA